AUAGAGUUGUUUUUCCAUGUUUAGGUUAAAAAGUAAUUAGAGGAAGUGAAAAAAAGUGGGACCCGCGUAAAACCCCCUGAGAUGUAAAUUCCUAAAACAAAUCUACAUUUCCCUCACCUUUGUUCCUCUCUUACGCUUCACUCUCUCAGCAAAACCACCGCAUCUACACGUGAUCCCCAGAUCGUAACCACUUUUCGCCGCCGUUGCGAUUUCCUCAGUUCACAUUCUAGAAAUCGCAACUCCGGCGAGCCAGUUAGCCAAGCUGCUCGUCGUUAGAGAGCCCAAAGUGUACUUCCAAGGGUCCUCUACUGCGUGCUAUCUAUAUACCAAGUGUCAAGUUGCGUUAACUGGCAUUGAGCCCUAGAAGUCCCAAAGCAAUUGGGGUGAAAUAGGCCUAAUACAACGUUGCUUUAUUAUAAAGGCUGUGCUGUCCCACAUAGUAAUAUUAAUAGGUGUCAGAGGAACACUCAAAUCCACCGAGACUGAAAAUAGAAGAAAGAAUUGGGCAUGAUACCCACACAUUUUCUCUCUCUUUCCAUUUAAAACUUCAAGCAACAAAAAGCCUAGUUUCUGAGGCUCUUGUCUUCAAUCCAAUUCUCCAUACAUGGACGACGCCUUUGCUAGAUCUAUUCCUGAGGUCCUUGGCUUCUUUGGAGUGGACCCAACAAAGGGUUUAUCCGACGCUCAGGUUGUAAAACAUGGCAGACUUUAUGGUACAAACGUGCUGCAUGAAGAUCAAAGAGCUCCGUUUUGGAAAUUGGUUUUGAAGCAGUUUGAUGAUUUACUUGUGAAGAUACUAAUUGCAGCUGCUCUUAUAUCAUUUAUUCUCGCAUUAAUUAAUGGUGAAACAGGCUUGAUGGCGUUUCUGGAGCCUUCUGUUAUUCUGAUGAUAUUGGCUGCAAAUGCAGCUGUGGGAGUGAUCACAGAAACAAAUGCCGAAAAAGCUCUUGAGGAGCUACGUGCUUAUCAAGCUGAUGUGGCAACUGUCUUGCGAAGUGGUUGUUUUUCCAUACUUCCUGCAACUGAACUUGUUCCUGGGGAUAUUGUGGAAGUUUCUGUGGGGUGCAAAAUUCCUGCUGAUAUGAAGAUGAUUGAAUUGUUAAGUAAUGAAGUACGGGUUGAUCAAGCUAUUCUUACAGGUGAGAGCAGCUCGGUCGAAAAAGAGCUUAAAACUACCACAACAGCAAAUGCAGUAUACCAGGACAAAACAAAUAUUCUUUUCUCGGGAACAGUUGUGGUUGCUGGUAGGGCAAGAGCUAUUGUGGUGGGAGUUGGUCCUAACACUGCCAUGGGCAGCAUACGUGAUUCAAUGUUGCGAACAGAGGAUGAGGUGACACCGUUGAAAAAGAAGCUGGACGAGUUUGGCACUUUUUUGGCCAAGGUUAUUGCAGGGAUAUGCGUGUUGGUUUGGAUUGUAAAUAUUGGUCACUUUCGUGACCCUUCUCAUGGUGGUUUUGUGCACGGGGCAAUUCAUUAUUUUAAGAUUGCAGUUGCUCUGGCCGUUGCAGCAAUUCCUGAAGGUCUCCCUGCUGUUGUAACAACGUGUUUGGCUCUUGGAACAAAGCGAAUGGCUAGGUUGAAUGCCAUUGUUCGCUCUUUGCCGUCCGUUGAGACCUUGGGCUGCACCACUGUAAUUUGCAGUGACAAAACUGGGACUCUAACUACCAAUAUGAUGUCAGUUGCAAAGAUAUGUAUUGUCGAGUCUGCAAAAAGUAGUCCUUUUGUUACGGAAUACGGUGUCAGUGGAACAACAUAUGCACCUGAAGGUAUAAUCUUUGACACGGCAGGGGUGCAGCUUGACAUUCCAGCUCAAUCGCAAUGCCUUCUUCACAUGGCUAUGUGUUCUGCUCUUUGCAAUGAGUCAACCCUGCAGUAUAAUCCUGAUAAAGGGAAGUAUGAAAAAAUUGGUGAGUCAACUGAAGUGGCACUACGUGUUUUGGUAGAAAAGGUCGGUCUCCCGGGUUUUAAUUCUAUGCCGUCAGCAUUGAAUAUGUUGAGCAAGCAUGAGCGCGCUUCUUACUGUAACCAUUAUUGGGAGGAACAAUUUAGAAAGUUAGAUAUUUUGGAAUUUUCUAGAGAUCGGAAAAUGAUGAGUGUCCUUUGCAGCCGGAACCAGUUACAUGUUUUAUUUUCAAAAGGUGCUCCAGAAAGUAUUAUCUCUAAAUGUACAACCAUUCUAUGCAAUGGUGAUGGUUCUGUCAUGCCACUUACUGCUGAUAUUCGAUCAGAGCUGGACUCAAAGUUCAACAGUUUUGCAGGAAAAGAAACAUUGAGAUGCCUUGCUUUGGCUCUCAAAUGGAUGCCCUCAGAUCAACAGAAGGUGUCCUUUGAUGAUGAGAAGGACCUCACGUUUAUUGGAUUGGUUGGGAUGCUGGAUCCACCAAGAGACGAAGUAAGAAAUGCCAUGCUUUCAUGUAUGACUGCUGGCAUACGCGUUAUAGUUGUCACUGGAGAUAACAAGUCCACUGCUGAGUCACUUUGCCGCAAGAUAGGUGCUUUUGACCAUUUGAUAGAUUUUACUGAACAUUCUUACACUGCUUCUGAGUUUGAAGAACUUCCAGCCCUGCAACAAACUAUAGCAUUGCAGCGUAUGGCACUUUUUACCAGGGUUGAGCCUUCUCAUAAAAGGAUGCUGGUUGAAGCAUUGCAGCACCAAAAUGAAGUGGUUGCAAUGACUGGUGAUGGAGUCAAUGAUGCACCUGCCCUGAAGAAGGCAGAUAUAGGAAUUGCUAUGGGAUCAGGAACUGCUGUUGCUAAGAGUGCUUCAGACAUGGUCCUGGCUGAUGACAAUUUUGCUUCAAUUGUUGCGGCUGUGGCAGAGGGAAGGGCUAUAUACAAUAAUACAAAGCAGUUUAUUAGAUACAUGAUUUCUUCCAACAUUGGGGAAGUAGUAUGUAUAUUUGUGGCUGCAGUGCUUGGAAUACCUGAUACCCUGGCCCCUGUCCAGUUGCUUUGGGUCAAUUUGGUCACUGAUGGAUUGCCUGCCACUGCUAUUGGCUUCAAUAAGCAAGACUCUGAUGUGAUGAAGGUUAAGCCUCGAAAGGUGAAUGAAGCAGUUGUUACAGGCUGGCUCUUCUUUCGGUAUUUGGUAAUUGGAGCUUAUGUUGGCCUUGCCACCGUUGCCGGUUUUAUUUGGUGGUUUGUUUACGCUGACAGUGGCCCUAAACUACCAUACUCUGAAUUGAUGAAUUUUGACACUUGCCCGACCAGGGAGACAACUUAUCCAUGCAGUAUAUUUGAAGAUCGACACCCAUCCACUGUAUCUAUGACUGUGCUUGUCGUUGUUGAAAUGUUCAAUGCUCUGAACAAUCUUAGUGAAAAUCAAUCCCUCCUGGUCAUCCCUCCCUGGAGUAACAUGUGGCUUGUUGGUUCUAUAGUCCUAACUAUGCUUCUUCACACACUAAUUCUGUACGUUCACCCGUUAUCAGUUCUUUUCUCUGUAACACCAUUGUCUUGGGCUGACUGGAUGGCUGUCCUCUAUCUUUCUCUACCGGUUAUAAUUAUUGAUGAGAUCUUGAAGUUCUUUUCCAGAAAUCCCAAUGGUAUGAGGUUCAGGUUAUGGUUUAGGAGAUCUGAUUAUGGUUUACUUCCAAAAAGAGAAGUACGUGAUAAGUAAGAUGUUGUGUACUAUUUGAGCAAAGUAGAUAUUUAAAGUGGUAUCCUUCACUGAAUCUUAAUCGUCAACCUCCACGUGCAUGUCCAGGAAUUAAAAGGUACUACCAUGAAAGAUUCUGUAUAAUAUUUACCUUUUUGUAUUAUUUAUGUUUUCCUGAAAAUGUCUCUGAUGUAAAACAGCAACUGUAGUAUAGGCCUUUAUUAUCUCUAAUUAUUCAUUUUCUUUAAGGUUUGUAUUUGACCAAUUUUGAUAGCAUAAGUUCAAUAGAAGCUCUCAAUUUUCUUUUAUAAA